UAAACAGGAAUGGUGUAAACAGGAAAUUGUUAUACGAUGAAAAUUACGGAUUUGAAUUUCGAUUGUUUGGAGAGUUGUCUUCAACAUUUAAAUAUCGAAGAACUGUUGAACGUUGCGGAUUGUAAUAAAGAGCUCAGACAUGUAGCCAUAUAUUUAAUAGCACGGACGUUUAAGGGCCGCCAAGUGACGAUAGAAUUUAGCAGGGUGUUUGGAAAUAGAAGUUUUCUAUUGACAAUUGAUGAUAAUUUGUGGAUGGGCAGUUUAAGCCUACAGUUUUUACGCUGUUGUGGUGAUCUGGUUUCCGGAUUAAAAAUCACAUGGUCAAAACCAAAUAUUGUUAAUCGUGACCUGAUUAUCAAAUACAUAAAUGAAUAUUGUCCUGAGUUCUUAACGAAAAUGGAAUUUUCCUAUUGCAAGGAAGGCAGCUUGAAGGGACUAACAAAGCCAUUCAAGAAAGUCGAAAAACUAAAAAUGAUUGACACAUUUCCACCUGAAAAGAAAUUAAGUGAAUUGUUCCCAAAUUUGCGUGAAUUUAGGUAUCAAGGGUGGGAUUGCAAUCUUAUUCCCAAUGAAAUAAUAUUUACGGAUCACUUCCCUUUGUUGGAACAUCUAACGAUUUUCGUGCAAGAUUGGGGAAAAUAUUAUGAAAAUGUGGAAAUUCUUUUGCGAUCCCAUCCUCAGUUGAAAAGUUUAAAAGGUAACAUACGGUUGGAUGUUGUCGUUGGAUCGAAAAACAAUUUAUAUGCAAACGAACAUCUUCAAAACUUGGAAAAAUUGCAUCUGAGUCUGAAAGAGAAACAUUUUGUACAAACCAUAGAGGAGAGAAUUCAGAUAAAAAAUCUAAGGGAGCUCGUUCUUCACUUUGAAGGACGAGUAUUUAAUAGACCUACGAUCAUACCACUUACAAGUGAUAAACUUGAAUCAUUAGAAAUCAAGUAUUUUUCUCAUUUAAAGGAUACCAGUAUUCUCACCAACUCACUGAUAGCCAAUUAUCCGAGCAUUAAAAAAUUCACAUUAAAGUCAAGGCGAAUAAUGAAUGACUUGGAAAUAUCAAAAUUAUUACCGUUACUGAAAGAAAUCGAUUUUUUAUGGUAUAACAAUUGUUUCACCGUCGAUGAAGUAGUUAGUUUCGUUAAAGAGUUUCGCUCAUUGAAGAAAUUUCAAUUUAAAUCUCUACCAGAAAUAUCUUUGAAGAAUCUCAUAGCACAUUUGGGAAGUGCUUGGUCGGUGUCAUUUAAACUAUAUAAUAAGUCUCCUAUAAGAGAAGAAGAGUUUCUUGGAAUUACAAUAGAACUCGCUACACUUAUUAGAACCUAGGACACUAUUAAUUUUAUACAAUUUUAUUAUUUUGCACAUUCCGCUAAGAAGUGGAAAACACACUUUGUGCACAAUGUGCUAACUGUUAUUUUCCCAUACGGUUAUUAUAAAGCGCGAGUUAUUAAAUUCGAAUUGUCAGUUAUGAGAAAAUCAGGUAUCAGAAAAAAUAAUGAAUUUGUCAGUUAAAAAAAUUAUUUUGUCAGUAAAUAAAUUAAUUUGCGUAAAUUAAAAGACAAUUCAAACGCGAGGUAAAA